AUGCGUAAAUGGAAUGAGGAACUUUAUCGUGACUCAUUUUCAUCAGACAGUAUACUUCCUCAUAGAGCAGGUGUCGGCCUGAUCACCCUACAAACCUGCAGGAGACACACAUCUAUCUUUCUCACUGAGCAACAAAUAACUACCCGAGGUACUCAAGAAAGAUUACCUUUACAAAACAUUAAGAUGGCUGCAGAAAAAGACACAGGGAUGGAACAAGUCACAGGUUACAGUGACUGGAUGUCGCGACUACCAGCUGAACUUCAUAACACUACUCUCUUUGAUCUGGCCAUACCAGGAAGCCACGACUCGAUGAGUUACGAUUUGGACACGCAGUCCUCCAUCGUGGAGCCCGACGCCCUGAAAGUCUUCAGCAAUAUUUAUUAUGUGCGUAAAGUUCUGUACAACUGGGCAGUCACUCAGGAGGAGCCCAUCACAAAGCAACUGGAUGCUGGCGUUCGCUACUUUGACCUGAGGAUUGCUCGCAAGCCAGACGACACUGACCCCACGAGACUUUACUUUUAUCACGGCCUGUACACACAUAAUGAUGUAGAGACUAUCCUCACAGCGAUUAAUGGCUGGGCAGAGCGUCACCCCAAAGAGAUCCUCAUCCUGGCUUUGUCCCACUUCAAAGGAUUUGACAAAGACGGAGAGCAGCUCCACAGCCACCUCAUCAACUUCAUCAAAACCUUGUUUGGAGCCAAACUCCUCCAAAGAUUUGAGAUCCCGACUCUGAAGAGCUGCUGGGACAAGGGCAGAAAUGUCAUAGUUUCCUAUGAUUAUCCAGCAAAUCAACACCCUGAGAUAUGGUGUAAAAUACCCUAUUUCUACGGCAACAGUAUGGAUCCUGCUGAGGUGGAAUCCAAAAUCUGCUGUGUUUUGGAUAAACCGAGACCUUGCGGUUUCUUUGUAUGCGGCCUGAACCUGACUCUGCCAGAAGAUGCAGGGACACUCCGCUACAUCCUGUGCACCCGUGGCAACUUUGCCAAUGUCGUAGAGAGGAGUCUCCCAGAGAUGGUGCAGUGGGUGAAACAGUACGCCGGCAGAAGACCUAACAUUGUCGCCUCAGAUGUGGUCACUCGGGACGACUUUGUCUCAACGAUUGUCCAGCUCAAUUACAAAGGGAAUUAAGAGACAGAGGAGAGGUGUUUCACAUCAUGACACAUGUAUAUGUAUUGCAAUAUGUCAUAGCCAUACAUGAAGUUUUUAUCACUGCAAAACCAUUAUAUACUUCAAAUAUGUAUAUUUUAUGUGAUGAUUAAUGUUUUAUUUUGAUUUCACUUUUGUUAAGUAUUGUGGAAGCCCUAUUUCCACUGGUGUA